CCCAACGGUCCCAGGAAGCACCGUUGCUUAUUUCAUAUUUUAUAGCGUAAAGGACGGAAGAACCGUUGAAUUUCGAGGUCGAGAGUUACAAAUGAAGACGUUAAAAUAUUUGUAAAUAAUGUCAGGUUAGCUUGUUGUGAACGUCAGAGGACUUCUGUUAUGAUGUGGCGUUGAUAUCAGCGAUGUUUACUGUGCAGCCUGAUAGGUCUCUCUAAGGGUAGCCAGUAACUGGAGCGUGUAGACUUCAGCUGCCUAAAUAUUAGGCAGGAAAAUACGAAAUAACAAAUUUCUUCACCUGGGUUGUGGCUGGCGGCAAGCCAAUAAUUGACUCUGGAGCAGGACACGGAGGAUAGUAUGGCCAUGACGGGAGGGACUGCAGCUGCCCUUCCCAUGAGCAACCACACCCGAGAGAGGGUGACUGUGGCCAAGCUGACACUGGAAAACUUCUACAGCACUCUGCUCACCCAGCACGAGGAGCGCGAGAUGAGGCAGAAAAAGUUGGAGAAGGCAAUGGAAGAGGAGGGUUUACCAGACGAGGAGAAAGUGAUGCGACGCUCCCAGCAUGCCCGUAAGGAGACCGAGUUCCUGCGACUGAAGAGGACGCGGCUGGGCUUGGAUGACUUCGAGUCCCUUAAAGUUAUUGGACGAGGAGCUUUUGGAGAGGUGCGUUUGGUGCAGAAAAAAGACACGGGGCACAUUUACGCCAUGAAGAUUUUGAGAAAAGCAGACAUGCUGGAAAAGGAACAGGUCGCUCAUAUCCGGGCUGAGAGGGAUAUUCUGGUGGAGGCAGAUGGCGCCUGGGUGGUCAAAAUGUUCUACAGCUUCCAGGACAAGAGGAACCUCUACCUUAUCAUGGAGUUCCUGCCUGGAGGCGACAUGAUGACCCUGCUGAUGAAGAAGGACACUCUGUCUGAAGAGGCCACCCAGUUUUACAUUGCAGAGACGGUUUUGGCCAUCGACUCCAUCCACCAGUUGGGAUUCAUCCACAGAGACAUCAAACCUGACAAUCUGCUGCUGGACUCCAGGGGACACGUGAAGCUGUCAGAUUUCGGCCUGUGUACGGGACUGAAAAAGGCUCAUCGCACAGAAUUUUACAGGAACCUGACGCACAACCCACCCAGUGAUUUCUCUUUUCAAAAUAUGAACUCCAAGAGGAAAGCAGAAACCUGGAAGAAGAACCGGCGGCAGCUGGCUUAUUCCACUGUGGGAACGCCUGACUACAUCGCCCCUGAGGUUUUCAUGCAGACGGGAUACAACAAGCUGUGUGACUGGUGGUCUCUGGGUGUCAUCAUGUAUGAAAUGCUCAUCGGUUAUCCACCGUUCUGCUCGGAGACGCCGCAGGAGACGUACAGGAAGGUGAUGAACUGGAAGGAAACGCUCGUCUUUCCACCUGAGGUCCCCAUCUCAGAGAGGGCCAAAGACUUGAUAUUAAGGUAUUGCACUGAUGCUGAGAACAGGAUUGGAGCUGUCAGCGUGGAGGAGAUCAAGAGUCAUCAGUUCUUCGAGUCAGUGGACUGGGAGCACAUCAGGGAGCGGCCGGCAGCCAUCUCCAUUGAAAUCAAGAGCAUUGACGACACCUCCAACUUUGAUGACUUCCCUGAAUCAGACAUCCUUCAGCCAGCCAAUGCGACAGAGCCAGACUUCAAGUCGAAGGACUGGGUGUUCCUCAACUACACGUACAAACGCUUCGAGGGUCUGACUCAGCGAGGCACCAUCCCCACAUACAUGAAGGCAGGGAAGGCCUGACAGUGUUGUGGAGGGGAAAAAAACAGACGUUUACGGACACAGGGUCGGGCCCUGGAGCCCCGCUGGUGCUGAAGGCUGAGCUGUCAGCCUCUCAGUCUAAAUUUAACCCUCAUCAAAAUUUAUUUAGGUCUGCUCAGCCGCCGCAAGAACGCCAAGAGCUCGGAAAUUAAGGAGCAUUACCGCAUUACCUCGGUUGUUUAUAUCGUAUACAUGUGCUGUCUUUAGCCAUAGCUCUCAGGCCAGCUCACUAACUAGAACACUAAAUCAGCAUAUCUGCAUGUUCAGCGGCAUAUUGCUUCUGGAGAGGUUUUUUUUUUUUUUUUUUUACGGCCUAAAGGUGACGGUGGGAAUGAGGCCUGAGUACAAAUCACUGCUUUGACAUCUUUGCAUCGAUAAGUUUCAACACUGGUGGCUCAUUUAACUCUGAUGCAAAGAAUUCUUGAUACUGGAGACGUGCUCUAUACACUGUAGUGAAACUCUGCUUCACUGGUAAGAGGAGGAGCCCCUCACUUGUUCUCACCCAGACUCUGAUCAUGGAUUUAAAGGAAAGUUCCAGCAUGAUUUUCUAGCGUAAAAAAUUGAACUCAGAGUUCAGAUUUCUUUUUAACUGGCAGCAGCUCUUUGUUUUGGUUUAUCUGUUGGUUUGGCUGAGUUGUGAUUGACAGGAGGUGGAACCUGACGCAACCUCAGCAUCAGCUAUUCUUUAUGUCAGAAUAGACAACUUAGCUAAAUGGAGAUACUGGUAGUGUGAUUUCUUCCUGAUUUCCUUUUUAUUUGGAAAAUGCCAUUAGAUCCCAGUGACAGCUCAGGGUGGUCUGAGACAGUGGUAGGAGUGUGUAGGAGUGUGUAGAAUGACAGAAUUGUUGGUAUAUGUUUUUGAGUUAAAAGAACAAGGCUUGUAGCUUUCUUCAACAUGUUAGCAGUGUGGCUGGUAGCGUUGCUCCAGACUGAAAUAUCUCAACUACUGGAUGGAUUGUCAUAAAAUCUGAUACCAACAUUCAUGAUCCUCUCAGGAUGAAUCGUGAUCCCUUAUGAUCCCUUAACUUUUCACCUGCCACCAAAUACCUCUAAAACUAAUGGCAUUCAGCCUCGACUGUACCUUGUUAAUUUGCUAAUGUACUAAUUAGCAAAUGUUAGCAAGCUAUUACACUAAACAUUUGCAUGUUACCAUUGUCAUUGUGAGUGUGUUGGCAUUGAGCUGAAAGCACCACUGUGCCUCGGUGCAGCCUCACUGAGCUGCUAGCGUGGCUGUAGACUCUUAGUCUUGUUAGCUUGUGUUGGGUGUAAUAGCACAUUUAUAUUAAAAAAAGUGACUGGGAAUUAUUUCAAAUGUGAAAGAUUUUAUCCAGUUAGGAUAUAAAAUAUGAAACAAAUGAGUAAAAACUCAAAUCAUGCUGGAAUCCUCCUUUAAAUCUCAUGAUGGUGACACACAGUGCAACUUUGUGUCAACCCUCCCUGCAGCAUUGCUUCAGCACCGCUACUUUUCUCACACAGGAACAAGUUGUUGCCAAGAAACAUGUGAAUGCAGUUUACCCUGCACUCGACAUCCGUUACUGCGGAGUGUUGCCCAUUCACAAUGCCAGACAGACUGCACAGUGUGUCACUUCCCUUUAGAGCCAGUGGUUUUGUUUAGAUCAGUGCUACAGUAGUUGAUAUUUCCCCUGAUUUUUAAUUCUGAUCAGUCCAACAAGCCAAUCGCUUCCUUCUUAGGUGAACAAAACAUGCAAAGUGCCUUUAAACAGCUGAUAAUUAUUUAACCAGAUCUCACAGAUGUUUUCAGAGAUUAAUCAGAGGGAUAUUAAUUACAAUUAGAAAAACUAUAGUACAGGUGUUUGAGGGAAGAAAAAACAGAAAGAGAAAGGGAAAAUGAUUCUUACUAGUUCAGCUAUAUAACUCAACUUGUGGGAAACCAUCGAUUGACUCUGUAAGGACACACAAAGGCCUGAUGUGUCAGUCUUAUUUAUUAUGUCUGCAGAGUGAUAAAACGUGAAGUAAUAAAACUGAUAAAACAGACUGAUGAAACAAAGGCAGUAUAGUAAAGCAGGUUGGUUAAUAAAACAAGAGGCUCAUAAAAUGCAUCAAAGUAAAUACGGUGAACAAAGUGUCUUUGUUUUGCAAGUAAAGAUUCAACUGAGAAACUAUAUAAGAAUAGAUUAAUGUGAUGGAUAUCUUAGACACAUGUUUCUUUCUUCCUAAAUUUCUCUGUUCAUAUUGAAUCCCGUGUUAAAUGUAUUUUUUUUUUCUAAAAAAAAAAAGAAAAAAAAAAGCCUCAUAAACAUCAAAUGGAGAGCCUCUCUUUAUAAGCGAAAGAAAUCACUUAACCAUCACGUCCUCUCAGAGUUGUCACCAGACGCAGCGCUAAAAAUAGUUACCAAAGAUCUCUGAUCGUCACAUGUCGUGAUCUGAACACGGAUUCAGAUGUAGCCGUCGCUUACUGCACUUAACGUCAAACUACCUUUAGAAAAACCUUUUCCAACAGAGCUAACCUUGGUUAUGGAAUCAUUUGCCAUUUCUAUUUCUACACUUGUCAGAAAGUGAGUGUGCAGAGACCGUCGCUUCUCAGUGAGCACAUCUGUUAAGUGUUUAAAUGCAGGAAAAGCUCUAUAACGUACACACAGGGACAGGAAACAUACCGAGGACUUUACCAUGAUGAACUAAGUUCAGCUGUAGCCCUCACAGGAAUCCCAUAUUAAACUGUCUCUGGUGCUAUUUCUGAAGAAUUGAUGGAGAAAGUAAAUCCUCUAGCAGUUUGAUAAAUUAGUGUUGUAUUAUAAUACACCUACACCAGUCUCUGUCUUUUUACAUUUUAUCUUUUUAACUUUAAUUUAAUCCAGGUUGUCCUGCUGAAAAUCUGUUCUCCAAGAAUGCACCAUCAAGACUGACUAAUAACGAAGGAAUUAUGGUUGACUGAUACGGGAUUCUGAAAGCAGAUAUGUGUAUAUUUUUUUGCAUUAUUUAUUAUUUUUCAUGUUUUCCUUGAAGGUAUAUAGGUAUAGGUAUGUGAUAUUCAGUGUAUUUAAAUUGGAUGAUUUUCAUAUUGUUUGGGUUUCCGAAAAUUCAAAGGGGUACUCCAGCAAUUUACUACUGCACUUUUGUAAGUGCAAGAAAGAGAUAAUGGUCAACAUUGAUGCAGCAGAGGCCAAGAUAUCGUGGGUUUUAGUCCCUAAUGUUCUAUAAACAGAAUCUUACCCUUACCCUAUCUUACUGGGUAAAAUUGGUGGCGUGCCCCUUUAAUUACUCACAGAAAAUAUCUGGAAAAAUGUUAUUCAAACAAUCUGCAUCAUAUCAGGUAGGCAACCCUGAUUGGCCAGUGUUUUUUGCCAUGAUGAAAAUCCAAAUGUCUGGGUUAAACCCAAAUACAAAUUAAUAUUAAAGCUAAGACCAGGCUGCAGAGAUCUGUGCCGUUACUGGAGGAGAAUAACAUAGCAGGACAGAUGCAUGAUGGGGGGAUUUUGCUGAUGUGCUACCACUGCAGAUUCCCGGGUGUGUCUAAUCACUGGAACACACUGACACAACCUGGAAAAAGCCAAACUGCUGUAUCCAGAGCAUCUUGUUUCACAGCCGAACAGUUAAGAUUGUUCAUGAAAAACUUGUGUGAGUGAGUGUGACUGUGUGCUGACACAAAUAACAUUUUCAUCAAGUAGAUACUUUUUUUUUGUGAGGUGAUACGUCACCUUGUUCAAUGUCAAACUCAUGUUCUGUGUUGUAAAAGAGAAAUUAUUACACUUUUACUUUCAGGACAGGAGGGUAAAUACUGUAUCUGGGAUCGGUUCAAUUCUAUAUAAGUGUAUACAAGAUGACUUGAAAUCCAUUACUGUGGCACUUUAUCAAAAAAUCAGCUUAAUUAUUGUGACGUCAUUUUUUCACAAGGUUGAGAAGAGUACAGGAUGUAGAGGACUACGCUAAUGCCACUUACAUAAUGAGUUCGCCCAGACAAUUCAUUUCUUAAGGACCAAACCAGCUUUCUGACUCCCCCCUGUGUGUUAGUCGUAUUAACAUCACAUAAUCCAGAUGUUUAGAAUACACAUUUGCCCAACUCAGAGAGCAAGGAAAAUGUAUUUAUCCUUUUUAAGAAAAAGUGAUACAAAAAUAAAAGAUGAAAGCAGAUUAAAGUCUCAUUCACAUCUAGUAUCUAGUUUUUAGAUGUAAAUAGUCGACUUCUCUGCCUCAGAAGCCUCAAAGCCUCGUGACUCAGCUAAUAAUAUAUAAUUUCCCCCCUCGUUAAAGCACGAAUUCAGUCUUCCCAUGAACUUGUUAAAGGUUUUAAAACCCCUCCACAGGCCAGGACUAUGUUGUGAGGUGUUCUGUGUAAUGUGUACAUAUUGUUGUAGACACUUGAAGGAAACAGUCUGUAGAGUGAAGGAGGAACUGCUCAUUAAUAUAUUCAUUCACACUGAUGAGUUUUUAUGUUGAUAAAAUGCUUCAAAUAAUAAAAUUAAACACUUAAAGUU